CGGCACAAUGGUUGCAGCAAGUAAAAAGAUUUACGCGGUUCGGAUGCGAAUUUCCGGUUUCUAAAUAAGUGUUUAUUGCUAAACCACUAAGAAGCGAAACCACAAGGAUUGUAUUAUCCCAAUUACUUCAGCGAUAUCUUUGUGCUGCGACUGAACUCGGCUUCAUUCAUUUCGGUUUAGUUUCAAUAAGCGUCACCAUGAUAUUUUCCUCCCUACUGAAGACGCCAGCUAGGAAAAGUUCAAUUCGACAGAUUAUUCUAUCGCGACGAAUGCUAUCCGAGCAUGUUGAAUCAUUCGAACAAUGUUUAGCAGACUUAGGCGGAUUGGAAUACUGUUCCUUCGAGAAAAGUUUCCCUUUUCAUCCUGGAUGGGUAGGAUGCGUAGGAUGCGUUUUUCCAUCAGCCACCAUAGGAUUUUCCAAAUCCUACCCGACUGUAGCUAGCACUUUAGGAACAGUUAGCGUAGCGGGGAUUUGCUUGUAUGCUUACCUUAGAUACGAGCUUAAACAACAGCAGAAUAUCUUGACCGAUUUGCUCGUGGCUUUCGAAAAGUUCGACGACGGAAUUAAAAGAAAUCGAGUUUUCAUCAAACAACUUGCUACAGCUUCUGAAAAUAUGACUCACUCCAGUGCAUUCAAGGAGGAUACUGCCGUUAACUGCCUACGCACCUGUAAGGACGCCAUUGAGCUUAUUUUCAAUUGUGAUAUGAAUCUAGCAAAACGCAUGGACCCACGGUAUAGUAACAUGAUCGAGCCACUAGCGCCUAUAGAAGUAGCUGAUGACGCCAAUGAUGUCCUCAAGAUCAUUCACUAUGCUUUCCUGUACGCACAAUCACAUUUCCUUUUAUGUUUGGGUUUAGUGCAACUUAGCGAUAAAACAGCAAUUAACAUUAGGAACCUGUUCCAACUGAAACAUUCGCUUGCCGAAUGCAAUGAACGGCUGUGGCGUUUCGUUCGCAUGGUCGACCAGGCAAAACUGAAUGCGAAGGUUCCAUUGCACGAAGAAAAACCAAUUCCUCAGGAACUUGUGAUGCUGCGUAAUCAAUCACUUGAAAUAGCUAUGAAACUAGCGGCUACAACCAACGAUGUCCUUGCAUUAGACGAUGAGCUGCAAGGUAAAGAUGUCACUACUGACCACACCGUGCUUGAGAGAAUGAUGACGCAUCUGCUUGUCGUUCGGGAUAAUCUACUGCUGCGCGCGGACGAGUCCGAACGGCUGGUGAUAUGCAUGCAAAGGCUGUUGUGCAAAGAAAACUUUAGCGAUCAGGCAGCAGGUGAAAGUCAGAACGAUACCGAGGGUGGUGCUGUUGCCAUCGAUAAUAUGGUCAUCCUGGAUAACACAUUAUCGGGAGAGGCGGUGAACGAGUCUGCAGAUGAAUUUUUCUUCCUCGUUGGAAUUGAAGACAAGGAAAUUGUCGCUGCGAAACCAUCUGCCCAAGACUUGGAUGCGGCGGAAGAUCUGGUCUCUCGUCGUAAGAUAAAAAGACAGUUCCAGCCGGUACUAAAAGAGCUGCGAGAACAGCUUCAACCGAUCGGUUUGUCAUUUCAUCAGCGUUGCAAAGCCGCACUUAAACUUAAGGGUAUUGAAGGUGAUCAGUUCACUCCGUAUGGUUCGUCUUCUCCCAUCGAUUCGUUGAGUGUCAGUCCUUCCGACGAGGACGAUGAUGAUAAACCGGAACCGACGCAAAACACCCAGAAUCGGUACGAUGAGUUGCGCAGUUAUUUGGCGAACAAGCAACAGUUUCUGUUAAUUGGUAAUCCUCCAACUGAUGCAUGCUGUCAACAAGAGGACAUAAUAGAGUAGAAGGGCGAUAUCCAGCAAACAUCCUGCCAAAACGAGCGAGGAGAAUAAGUGACCUUCCGACUAGUCGGCACGAUUCAUCUUAAUUGUUUUUUCAUUUAGCUUGAACGGCAUUGAUCUCAGGAAUUGAUUCUAUGGAGAAUCAAGUAGAAAAUCAAAUCAGUCAUAUUCCAAAUUUGAGUUGCGCACAAAACAUUGGCUUCCUAAUUUAUGAGACAAUACUUCUCCAUAAUGAUAUUAUAUUGAUCAAAAUAAUGAAAAAAGGACUAUUUUGACUAUUUUCUAACACCGUAGAGAAAACACACACCAGUUUAGUUUGUUUACGUUGAUUUACACUGGUUCCAUUAUCACGUUUUUUUUUAUUUUUCACAAACAUUCAUUAGAAGUUUAACAGGCUGGGCUAGGCCGAGCUGGUUACAUAGGUUGCGCAUAGGUUACAUAGGUUGCAAUGUCAUCCCUUUAAAAGGGUGUGUGUGUGUGUGCGCGUGCAUUAGUUGCCCACCGUAGUAAAUAUCGCCCUCGCGUGUGUGUGUACGCCAAGGGAGGAAAAUCCCAUCACAUUCAGUAGACAGCGUGUUUUCACUUGCUUGGAAUGGCGGAUCGGAACUUGUUGAGCGAACCUUAACCAGCGACGUUUUAACUAUUAUUUAUAGGCGUUAUUUAUAUGCGUGAUACAUAGAUGAAUUAACAUGUAUAUCUUUUAUUGUUCGCUUGCUGACGAAAAUUAAAACCGAGAAAUUAAACAUGCAAAACGAGUAAAA